AUGGCCAAUUUCAGCGGACACAACCUGACGCUGGUCGGGUCGAGCCUCUACUGCUAUGGCGGUUACUUCUUCGAGAAGUACAACACCACCGUGCGCGUGAUGGAGACGGGCACGCGUACGACGCUCGAGUCGGACAUGAAGAACGCGUUCAUCACCAACGACUUCGCGGAUGUGACGUUCCGCUUCCCGAACGAGGACAACGCGCUGAUCAAGGCUCACAAGAUCGUGCUCGCCUCGCGAAGCCAGAAGUUCAGAGACCUGCUACAGGGACGCGAUGAGGAGGGCCUCACGAUCGACAUCAAUGACAUCCCGCGAGAGCUCUUCCAAGUGCUCAUGGAGCUGUGCUACACCGACCACUUGACCUCGUGCCCGCACCGUGCCCAGCAGCUGCUGUCGCUCGUCAAGGCGUACAUUCCGCAGUCCUACAAGCGCACGCUCGCCUGUCUCAUCCAGAAGGGCAAGGUGGCGUCAUCGCUGGGAGACGACCUGAGGCAGAACGCGCUCGGCUCGCCCUUGUUCUCGGACGUGAUCUUCGAGGUGGAAGGACGCGACGUGCCGUGCCACAAGGUGGUCAUCACCUCCCGCUGCCCUCAAUUCCAGGCCAUGUUCCUUUCUGGUAUGAGGGAAAGCACGGCAGAGAAGAUCCCACUCGACCUGCACUACCCGAUCUUCCUCAUGUUCUUGGAGUUCCUCUACACGGACGACGUCGACUUCGCCAAGGUGUCACCCGAUGAUGUGAUCGAGCUGUUGGGCGUGGCCAACCAGUACACCCUGGACCAGCUGACCGACAGAUGCGACCGCGAGCUGCAAAAGUUCAUCGACUUCGAGAAUGUGGUGGUUCUGUUCCAGGCGGCGUCGCUCUAUCACGCCGAGCGGUUGCGUUCCUCGUGCGUCAAGUUCAUCCUGCGGUCCUACGACAAGCUGGAGAAGGAGGGAGUGCUCGAACAGCUUAGCGAGGACGUCGUCGAAGAGCUCAACCUUCUCAAGGAGAACAUGGACACCGACAAGUACUCGAGCAGCCUCCAGGGUCCCGUCUUGCCCAGAGCUGUUUGA